AUGAUUCCAUCUCAAUUAGCCAUAGUAAGAAGAAGGAAGAAGAGACAAAUUGAAUUACUACUACUUCUCAUGGUUGUUAACAAUGUCGUCACACUCAUGUACUUGGUGAUGUGUAUGAUGGGUGUAAUUGUUUAUGAAAUCGAACGACCACGUUAUAGAAAAAGUGAGAAGAAACACCUUAGACAAAAGCACUUGGAUGCACUAAUCAAGGAUAGUGAUAUAAGAUGUCGGUGGUUAAAUGGCACUCGAAAUAUGUCUUUGGAGGAAAUUGUAGCUAUGUUCUUGUACACUUUGGCACAUCAUUUGAAAAAUAGGACAAUUAGAAGUCAUUUCUUUCGAAGUGGAGAAAGUGUUAAUAGAAACUUCCACCGAUGUCUUCUUGCCGUGUUAAAACUACAUACUCACUUGCUAAAAAAGCCGACACCUAUAACAGAAGAUUGUGAAGUGGAUAGAUGGAAAUGUUUUAAGAAUUGUUUAGGAGCCUUAGAUGGCACUCAUAUUAGUGUUCAUAAACCAAGUGAGGAUAGAGCAAGAUAUCGGACAAGGAAAGGUUCUAUUGCUAUGAAUGUGUUAGGUGUAUGUAACCCUAAUUUGGAGUUCAUAUAUGUUCAACCUGGUUGGGAAGGAUCCGCUCAUGAUGGUCGUGUCCUUCGAGAUGCUAUUACUAGGCCUAAUGGUUUAAAAGUGCCACAAGGUUCCUACUAUUUGGUAGAUGCUGGAUACACGAAUUGUGAAGGGUUUUUAGCACCAUAUAGAGGUCAUCGAUAUCACCUUAAAGAGUGGGGGGACCGACAACCAAUUAGUGCGGAAGAGUACUUCAACAUGAAACAUUCUAAGGCAAGGAAUGUUAUUGAGAGAUGUUUUGGACUAUUAAAAGGAAGGUGGGGUAUUCUUAGGACCCCAUCCUUCUUUCCAAUACGUACUCAUGGGCGUAUAGUUCAAGCAUGUGUACUAUUACACAAUCUUAUUCGAAAACAUAUGCCAACAGAUUACACAAUGUAUUGGGAUUCCAAUAGUGAAGAAGGUGAAAGUGAUGAUGAGGGCCUAGAUGAUGAAGUUGAGUUGAUUACUCAAAUAGCUACUUCGGAUGCUUGGACUACUUAUCGGAAUAACUUAGCACAAAAUAUGUUUAAUAAUUGGAGACUUAGGAUGAAUGUUGGUCAAUUUGUUCAAAGUGGAAGAGGGAAAAACAAGCGAUCAUGGAAUAAAUCUGAGGAAGAGCGUUUGAUUAAUGGUUUGUUGGAGAUGAGUGCUGAUCCUUCAUGGAAAGCUGAUGGGAGUUUCAAAGGUGGUUUCAAGAAUAAGUUAGAGGAGAAAUUGAAUGAGAAGUUUUCCGGGUGUGGGUUGAAAGCUAUUCCCCAUAUUGAAUCAAAAAUCAAAUGA